UGUUUGGUUUGAUUUUGAGGAGAUGGGUUGUUUUUCUUGUUUCGAUUCGAGGGAGGAGGAGACGCUGAAUCCUGAGAAGGAAAAUGAUGAUCGAAAGCAAGGCCAAUCCUUGGCCUCCUCUAAUAUCUCCAGAUUAUCUUCUGGAGGGGAGAAACUUAGAUCAAAAAGCAAUGUGGGGUCUAAGAAGGAAUUGCCAGCUCCCAGGGAUGCACCUGGACCUGGUGUCCAAAUUGCUGCUCAAACUUUUACUUUCCGCGAGCUUGCUGCAGCAACAAAGAAUUUUAGACCUGAGUGUUUCAUAGGUGAAGGGGGAUUUGGACGUGUGUACAAAGGACGGCUUGAGAGCACUGGACAGGUUGUCGCUGUCAAACAAUUGGACAGAAAUGGUCUCCAAGGUAACAGGGAAUUCCUUGUGGAGGUUCUCAUGCUUAGCCUUCUUCAUCAUCCUAACUUGGUGAACCUGAUUGGUUAUUGUGCUGAUGGGGAUCAGCGGCUUCUUGUCUAUGAAUUUAUGCCUUUGGGAUCAUUAGAAGACCACCUUCAUGAUCUUCCUCCUGAUAAGGAACCACUAGAUUGGAACACCAGAAUGAAGAUAGCAGCAGGUGCAGCUAAAGGUUUGGAGUACCUACAUGAUAAAGCCAACCCUCCUGUUAUUUACAGGGACUUUAAGUCAUCCAACAUCUUACUGGAUGAAGGAUUUCACCCAAAACUAUCUGAUUUCGGACUUGCAAAACUUGGUCCUGUUGGAGACAAGUCACACGUUUCAACCAGGGUUAUGGGUACAUAUGGCUAUUGUGCUCCUGAGUAUGCCAUGACAGGACAAUUAACGGUAAAAUCUGAUGUCUACAGUUUUGGGGUAGUCUUCUUGGAGCUCAUCACUGGACGUCAAGCCAUUGACAGCACACGACCUCAGGGGGAGCAGAAUCUUGUCACGUGGGCACGUCCAUUAUUCAAUGACCGCCGGAAAUUUUCAAGAUUGGCAGAUCCUCGACUACAGGGACGCUAUCCAAUGCGAGGCCUCUACCAAGCUUUAGCUGUGGCAUCCAUGUGCAUCCAAGAACAGGCUGCUACUCGUCCAUUAAUUGGGGAUGUAGUCACUGCUCUCUCUUAUUUGGCAAACCAUGCAUAUGAUCCUAGUACAGCAGGGCACGGCCACAGGGGUUCUGGAGAAAAAGAAGAGAAACGAGUUAGAGACGACAGAGUUGCUAGGAUAUUAAGGAACGAGGAAGGGGGAGGAUCUGGCCAAAAGUGGGACUUGGAAGGAUUUGAGAAGGAAGACUCUCCAAGAGAAACUGCCAGGCUGAUGAACCGGGAUUUUGAUAGAGAACGUGCUGUAGCUGAGGCAAAGAUGUGGGGGGAAAAUUGGCGAGAGAAAAGACGACAAAGUACACAAGGCAGUUCUGAUGGUUCCAACGGAUAGUAUUUCCUGGUGAAAAUGGUGGGCACCAUCUCUCACCAAAGAAACAUUCCUAGCUCAUUUCUGAUCUGGUUCACCAAAAUCAGCUAUCGAUGGUGCUCAUUGUAAGAAACUUGAUGCUGACAUGUUUGUAACACAUUUUGGAUACUUCUCUUUAUCCUUGUUUUACCUCAUUAAAUCACAUAUAGCAUGACAAUGAAGGGUACCAUGGAGAGUGUACAUUAUGAACUAGAACAAGAAGAGCAAGAUCAAACGAGAUGUAUUUAUAAAAUUUUGGAACACAUCAAUGAUCCAGGCCAAUGUUAUUCUUCUUGCUCAUGUAGGGUUCUUAUCCUGGAACGAUUACGUUG